CUACUGAAGUUUUAAUGUAAUUUGGGCUCAAAACUGUUAAAUUUAUGGGAUUCCGGCCGUAACACUUGUCCAUACCAUCUCAAGAGAUAAGUUGAGUUUAACCUAGGUGAAUCUUGGAUAGGUUGUGUUUACACGCAAAAAAAUAAAUCUGGGUUAAUUUUAACCAGGUUUAAACCCAGGAUAGUUUAUGUCGUGUGAACAUGGCUUUAGUGGGUUGCACGUAACGUCAUGGCCGCCAAGUUGGUUAAUUUCAACGAAGGUUUUUCUCGUUUACAAUUAAAAUUUCCUCCAAGAUGGCGAACAUCUCUUUUUCCGUAAACUUUCAAAGUCCUUGGGAAAUGGUUGUUUAUUGCAACCACUAAUAAAGACAAAAAUCAAAAACAGUUUCAAAUUUUAUAGCAGUGAUAAUUGGUUUUUUUUUAAUUUUGAGGUGCACUUUGUAGUUGAUGGGUUGCAAUAGAGUCCUUAAGUGUGACGUCACGUUGCCAUGGCGCUAAAAAAUGCAGUUCUAAACAAUACAUCUUAUGCGAGCGCUUUGGACACGCUUCCUUUGUUUUGAAUGUUUAAAGCUUUAAUUAUCCAGUGUAAUCCCACAAAAGACAAUAAAAAAAAAACAGGAAAGGUUUAAGGGUCUUCCAAGGGAUCAACUUUCGUUGAAGAAGUGUAAAGGACGCGGGUCAAACGGGCAAAAUGGUUUUGCUCCUAGAUGUGGCCAUUCGUCGGAGGGCAACACUUGCAAGUUCUUCGCUUUUCCAAGCGCUACAAAGCAGAACGACGAGUACAAGAGAUGGAUUAGACUCAUAAGGUGAAGAGUUGACAUCAGGACAUGAGGGAGAAUCAUCGAAUACUGAAUUAUAGAAGCUUUCAGCUAGUUAUCUUUUUAACGGUUGCUUUGUAUUUUCCGUAGCCAAAACCUUAAAUAUCAGUGCUUUGGAAGGUAUAAUCCAUCAAUUUUGAGGAUCAAAUUUUUAUCACUUUAAUGAAAGUACGACAGAACGACACACAGCUUCACCAAGCCCAAUUGUUUCAUUGUAGUGUGGCUACAAUUUCUAACAUUGUUAUAAAAUUCACUCAUGUUUUGCAUGAAAUUUUGUUUGAUGACCUAAUGACAUCUAUUCCAUCCCGGGAAAAAGACAAGAUCUCAGCACCCUCCUCUUUUAGGCAAUUUGAAUCCUGUCAGAUUGUUAUAGACUGCACAGAUAUUGAGGUUGCUGCACCGGGAUUGAUGAGUCAGCAAAAUGCAACCUAUUUAUCAUACAGAGGAAUGAAUUCCUUUAAGGUAAUAGUUCGUGUUGCACCAAAUGGAGUCAUUACUAAUGUCAGUCGGCUGUAUCCAGGUUCUAUUUCAGACAAGGCCAUUGUGCAACAGUCUGGACUCCUUAAUCACUUGACAGCUGGAGAUAUGAUUCUGGCGGACAAGGGUUUCCCUAUCCAGGAUGUUGUACCACAUGGUGUCUGUGUCAAUAUUCCACCUUUUCUGAAUAAUGGAACUUUUACAGAGAGUGAGGUCAAGAAAACAAAAGCCAUAGCUAAAGCAUGGAGUCAUGUUGAAAAAGCCAAUGCUAGGCUGAAAGACUUCAAAAUUUUAGGCUGCAUUCCUUCGUAUUUGUGCUGCUAUGCUGACAUUUUGUUUCAGUUAUGUGCAGCACUUGUAAAUUUGCAAUUUCCUCUCAUCAAAGAGGGAUGUGAAGAUAUGGCUUUUGAGUAGUUUUAUGCUUGAAGACUACAUUGGACAGUUUUUUAAUAAUUAUUAUUGUUCAAAUAGAAAUAAAAUAAGUUGUAUACUGAGGCUUACUUAGAAGAAAAUACAGCUAGAUGGGUGGGGAGAGCAUUCUAAUAUAACAGUAAAGGGAUGAUUUUACCUCUUAGGGAUUACAAUAUUUAUCAUCUGGUACAGCCUGGGUGUACAUAGGGUGUCAAAUUAGAUCACUGAGAGAAUUCUUUUAUCAUGUUUAGGAGAACAGAAGUUAAAAAAAAGUUUUGACAUAUGUUUUACAAUGGAUGCCUUUUUGGGGAUAAAAAUAAAAGCAAGUACUGCCCACAGUUACCCUUAAGGAGUCUUUCUGAACAUUUCCCAUGAGCAUCCCAUCACUUUUAUAUGGGAAUUUCCCUUCCACCCAGGAAAACAACAUUAAAUGAUGUACCAUUUUCCAUGUCUUUUAAAUACCAUGUUAUCCUUGUGUUUAUUAAUAAAAAUGCAAAUAUAUGUAUAGCCUGUUACCACAACUCCCUCACACCAAACUAGUUGUGGUAGGUCAAUUUGAGGACUGAAAA